AUGAUGGUGAAAGAGUUCCAUGUGGUGAAAGAGAACAAGAACUGGACAGCAGCUCAGCAGUACUGCAGAGAGGAGUUUACUGACCUGGCCACCAUAGACAAUAAGGCAGAUAUAGAUGAGAUAAAGAGUGUGAUGCAGGAUGCAGGUGUUGUGAAGAGGUGGGAGGCCUGGAUUGGGCUGAGGCAAGGAAGGUGGCAGUGGUCUCUGGCUGAUGAGGGAUCCAGUCGAGAGAAUGAGGCUGAGUUCUGGAACUGGGCUAAUGGCGAGCCACAAGGCAGCGCAGAGACAAAUUCCGCACAACCCUAUGUUCUGGUUGAAGACAAGAAGACCUGGGCAGAAGCUAAGAGAUACUGCAGAGAGAAUCACACCGACCUGGCCAGCGUGAGGAACCAGGAAGAGAACAGCAAGAUCGAAGACCUGAUUGGAGGACAUUUCUGUCCUUGGAUGGGCUUGUCCAGAGAUGCCUUGGGGUGGUCAGAUGGCAGCAACUCCUCCUUUCGAAACUGGGCCCCUGGAGAACCCAACUCUGACAAGCUGGUUCUGGUUAAUGAGAGUAUGACCUGGAUGGAGGCUAUGCAGUACUGCAGACAGCACCAUGUGGACCUGGUGUCUGUGACCUCUGAGAAGAUCCAGCGCUGGGUGGAGGGGUGGUCCAAAGGAGCCUCAUCUCCCCACGUGUGGCUGGGCCUGCGCUACCAGUGCAGCUUUGGAUUCUGGUUCUGGGUCAGUGGAUACUCUGUCUGCUACGACAACUUCGCCUCAGAUGCAGACCGCAUCCCGGGCUGUGACAUCGCUGUGGCAGCAGUCGACAAAAAAGGGGGCCAGUGGGUCAGCUUUCAAGAGACCAAACCACUCAACUUCAUCUGCACCAAUGAUGAGUCAGCAGAAUCCCAAACAUCAGGUGAUGACAUCACCCAGUGUCCAUUUCUGGACACCAGGAAAAGACGGGAGGUUUAA